AUGAUUCCCUUAGCCAAAAUCCAUGACAAAAAUGAAGAUUUCCUUGUAAACGACCAACUCAUGAUAGUUGCCGAGGUAGAUGUUCUUCAAGUUGUUGUCACCUCAGAGAAACCUGAAGAGACAAAUCCUCUGAACCAGGUAGAAUCUGUGAGCUCGAUCCAAGACAGUGUAGUGGAAUUCCGUGCAAGGAACCAACAUCUGAAGACUGCAUGCACAAAUGUCUUGCUCAGCCUUACUCAGACUCUGUGCCAAACACCUCAGGAACUUUCUGUUGACGAUCUGGUCGAAGCAGGGAAAACACUUGCUUACAUGAAAGAUUCUGGCUUGGAGGUUGAGUGGUUGGUGAAGAAGCUUAAUGAAGUGAAGGCAAAGAAGCAAGAGCAGUCUGGUUAA